AUGAAGGAAAUUAUAAAUUGCAAGAGAGCAAAGGCCAGAGGUCGCCGGGUCUCCUGGUUGCUGCCUUCACCGGAGGUCGCCGCCGCUACCGAGCCUUGUCGCUGGAAGAAGUCUCUCUCUCUAUCUAUCACCGCCAACUGUAGCAGAUCAGAGCCGCAGAGUGAUCUGCAGCAAGAGUUUGCAAGUCACGUUGAGGAACUCCAAAAGAAUUUGCAAGGAGCCCACAAAUCAUCUCAUUUUCAAAUGCAUGGAUUGUGUCUUGAUCAAAAACUUCAUUGGAGCCCCAAAACUGCACAAUUUUCUGUAGUCGUGACUGGUUUUCUUCCUUGUUUUGAGGAUUAUGAUCCACGUGAUUUAAUUUGGGUCUAGCUGAUAUCCACUGCUCGUGCGGCAGCGGCAAGUGGUCACCUGUGUUGGAGUUGUAAAACCCUCCGGUCGAGAAAUGGAUAUACAUUAGGGGGGCUCUGAUCUAGCGGAAGCAGCUUUGGCCGUCCACAACAGCAUGGAAAACUGUGAAAUCGAAGAUUGUCUGCAACGUCACUGCCGUGUAGGUUUUCGCGAAACCACUUCCAGUUGCUUUCUCAAACCAAGAUAUCAGUAAGUGCAUUUGCUGAUGAUAUUGUCUAUACCUCUACUCUACCUACAAAAAUUAUGAAAUUUAAAUGAUCAAGAUUGGAA